AUGAAGUCUUCCAUUGAUGUGCUUUACUGUGUAAUCCGGGAUCUCACCAACCAAACUGAUGAAGAAGGGCUGGUUCAGACAGACACUAAGAUCCUUGUGUUGUCACACAAUAUCCCAGAUCGACUGUAUCGCCAAUGGCUGCAGCGACCAGUGAACCUGCCUCUCACCCUGAUGAUGGACACUUCAGAGAUGGAGCCUGUGGACAAGCUGGUCCCAGAAUGUCUCACUCUCCUCCUGAAACUUGGGAUUUACAUCCAGCAAAAUCCAAAGAAAAACAUCACUGGACCAAACCAUACGGUGCCUGAAGAAAUCCGACAUCUAAUCAUCAAGGAGAAUACCAUCAAGUAUUUGUGCGCCAGUUCAGAGCUGAUGACUCCUCAGACAUUCCUCAAAUGCUAUGAGAAAUCAACAUAUGUCGUCCUAGACUCAGAACUAAUUUGGCCAUCUCCUCUUCAUCUGUUUCUUGGGGGUUAA